UCCCCUUCUGGUUUACUGGCAGAGGGGGGUCGUAUAAUGAGAGUGUGGUCCAAAGCAGCUCCCUUAGAAUCUGCUGCUCCCUCUGCAGCCCGAGUGGUGGAGGGAGGGGCAGCGCUCUCCUCCUGCCUCUCUGCCUCUUCCCGGCUUCUCUAUUGGUCUUCCAGCUUACCUCUUGGUGGCGUGUGCCAGGCAACCCCUCCUCUCUCUCCAUCCUGGGCUCAGAUGCAGUUAUCCAGGCAGCAGGGAGGCAGGCUUGCUAGUGCCACUCACAGUGUUUGCAGAGAGACAGUGGAGGAUUCCACAACUGUUUUCUUCCCGUUUUUGUCACCUGGAGAGGAGAGGGGGCUGUUUCGUUGGACGGCUGGUCUCUUCUGUUAAUGAGGCUAGCGUUCUGAGAGGACCACUGAGUGAUCUAAGAGCUGUAGAUUUCUGCGUGUGCAAACAGUGAGAGGACAGCCAUGGCUCACGCUGCUGCUCACAUUAAGAAGGCCAGGUCUGAAAUGGACCAACCUCCGGAUCUGAAGGCUCUGGAGAAAGCCAGAGAGAGGAGAAGGCGCUCCCGGGAACGGGCUGAACGCAAGCGCAAGUCGGACAGUAACACAAGUUUCCUGCGAGCGGCCAGAGCGGGGAACGUUGACAAGGUUUUGGAAUACCUGAAAGGGGGCGUGGACAUCAGUACCUGCAAUCAGAAUGGUCUUAAUGCGUUGCACCUGGCAGCCAAAGAGGGGCACAUAGACCUGGUCCAGGAGUUGCUGGACAGGGGUGCGGCGGUGGACUCAGCCACAAAGAAAGGAAACACUGCGCUCCACAUAUCCUCUCUGGCUGGCCAGGCUGACGUGGUGAAGAUCCUGAGCAAACGUGGUGCUGAUAUCAACGCACAGUCUCAGAAUGGAUUCACUCCUUUGUACAUGGCUGCCCAAGAAAAUCACCUGGAUGUGGUGAGGUACCUGCUUGAGAAUGGAGGCAACCAGAGCAUUGCUACAGAGGAUGGCUUCACCCCUUUGGCCAUCGCGCUCCAGCAGGGCCACAACCAGGUUGUGUCUGUCUUAUUAGAAAAUGAUACCAAAGGCAAGGUGCGCCUGCCUGCCUUGCACAUCGCAGCUCGUAAAGACGACACCAAAUCAGCAGCCCUGCUCCUCCAGAACGACCACAACGCCGACGUCCAGUCGAAGAUGAUGGUCAAUAGGACUACUGAGGUAUACACACACUCCUUAACUCUCCACAGGCUCACACAGUCCCAUCCUUUUGUCAUUUCCUUUGUUAUCACUGCCUUUAUUUCUCUCACUUCCACAGCACUUGCUGGUGUACAUGAUAUCAUUUGGUCCAUUCUGUGUGUUUCAGUUGAUUUGAUAUUAAUAAUAAGAGGCCACCGUGCAUGGCUGAGAGGAAUGGCCAACCACUGCUGCUUAUCUCUGAGUCUUACAAACCAAAGUCAGUCGUCCUGGAUCCUGACACGAGCCUAUAAAAGCUACGACUGCACUGGGUACCACAACAACCUCACUAAUGGGAUCACUCCACUGCAUGUGGCCUCUAAGCGUGGCAACACAAACAUGGUUCGCCUGUUGUUAGACCGUGGCUCUCAGAUUGAUGCUAAAACGAGGGACGGCCUGACUCCGCUUCACUGUGCUGCUCGGAGCGGACACGAUACGGCUGUAGAGCUGCUGCUGGAGAGAGGAGCACCUUUACUGGCCAGGACCAAGAACGGGCUGUCCCCUCUGCACAUGGCAGCACAAGGUGACCACAUUGAAUGCGUCAAACACCUUCUACAGCACAAGGCUCCCGUUGAUGACGUCACGUUGGACUACCUGACAGCGCUGCAUGUGGCGGCUCACUGCGGUCACUACAGAGUCACCAAACUGCUGCUGGACAAACGGGCCAACCCUAACGCCAGGGCACUGAAUGGCUUCACGCCGCUGCACAUCGCCUGUAAGAAGAACCGCGUGAAGGUGAUGGAGCUGCUGGUUAAAUAUGGAGCUUCCAUCCAGGCCAUUACAGAGUCGGGUCUGACGCCCAUCCACGUAGCAGCCUUCAUGGGUCACCUGAACAUCGUCCUGCUCCUGCUGCAGAACGGGGCCUCGGCUGACGUCAGCAAUAUUCGUGGAGAAACGGCCUUACACAUGGCAGCCCGGGCAGGUCAGGUGGAGGUUGUCAGAUGUCUCCUGAGGAAUGGAGCAAUGGUAGAUGCUCGGGCACGUGAGGAGCAGACGCCCCUUCACAUUGCAUCCCGCCUGGGGAAAACUGAGAUUGUGCAGCUGCUGUUGCAGCACAUGGCCCAUCCUGAUGCUGCCACAACCAAUGGCUACACCCCCCUCCACAUUUCUGCCAGGGAGGGGCAGGUGGAGACUGCCUCGGUGCUGCUAGAGGCAGGGGCUUCACACUCACUAGCCACCAAGAAAGGUUUUACUCCGCUGCAUGUGGCUGCAAAGUAUGGAAGCCUGGAUGUAGCCAAACUUCUGCUACAGCGUCGCGCCCCUCCUGACUCUGCUGGGAAGAAUGGCCUCACCUCGCUCCACGUUGCAGCACAUUAUGAUAACCAGAAUGUGGCGCUCCUGCUGUUGGACAAAGGAGCGUCACCACACACAAUGGCAAAGAACGGCUACACUCCUCUGCAUAUUGCGGCUAAAAAGAACCAGAUGGAGAUCGCCACAGUGCUGCUGCGUUACGGAGCAGAGACUAACAUCCUGACCAAGCAGGGGGUCACUCCACUCCAUCUGGCCUCCCAGGAGGGUCAUGCGGACAUGGCUGCUCUGCUAAUAACCAAAGGAGCUCAAAUCAACGUUCCCACCAAGAGCGGCCUGACUGCCCUUCAUUUGGCAGCUCAGGAGGACAAAGUGGCCGUUGCUGAGAUUUUGGCCAGAAACGGUGCCAACCUGGACCAGCAGACCAAGUUGGGCUACACACCGCUGAUUGUAGCAUGUCACUAUGGAAACGCAAAGAUGGUCAACUUCCUCCUUCAGAAUGGCGCAAGUGUCAAUGCCAAGACUAAGAACGGAUACACUCCCCUGCAUCAGGCAGCGCAGCAAGGAAACACACACAUCAUUAAUGUGCUGCUGCAGUACGGUGCCAAACCCAACGCUACCACUGUGAAUGGCAACACAGCUCUGGGGAUUGCUCGCAGGCUGGGUUAUAUUUCUGUGGUGGACACACUGAGGGUUGUGACUGAAGAGAUCAUCACCACCACCACGACGGUGACGGAGAAACACAAGCUGAAUGUGCCAGAGACCAUGACUGAAGUACUCGAUGUGUCAGAUGAAGAGGGUGACGACACGAUGACAGGCGACGGAGGGGAGUAUCUGAGGCCUGAGGAUCUGCGGGAGCUGGGAGAUGACUCCCUGCCAGGACAGUACCUGGAUGGGAUGAACUACCUGCGCUUCAGCCUGGAGGGAGGACGAACCGACAGUUCAGACAGGUCCUUCACGCCCACUCACCACAGCUACUACUCUUCUAAACAUGAAGGCAUGAUGGAGGAGAUGCUCACCAGUCACCAGGUUUCAUCCCUUGCCAGGGAGACUGAGAGGGAUUCGUACCGGUUGAGCUGGGGCACAGAGAACCUGGACAACGUGGCUUUGUCCUCCAGCCCUGUCCAUUCAGGCUUCCUGGUCAGCUUCAUGGUAGACGCCAGGGGCGGAGCCAUGCGCGGCUGUCGACACAACGGCCUCCGCAUCAUCAUCCCGCCGAGGAAGUGCAGCGCCCCGACGAGAGUGACGUGCCGACUGGUGAAGAGGCACCGUCUGGCCACCAUGCCCCCGAUGGUUGAGGGGGAGGGUCUGGCCAGCAGGCUCAUCGAGGUGGGACCCUCUGGAGCCCAGUUCCUUGGUCCUGUCAUUGUGGAGAUCCCUCACUUCGCUGCCCUCCGAGGGAAGGAGCGCGAGCUGGUGAUUCUGAGGAGCGAAACAGGAGAGAGCUGGAAGGAGCAUCACUGUGAACACACUCAAGAGGAGCUCAACCAGAUACUCAACGGCAUGGACGAGGAACUGGAAACUCCCGAAGAGCUGGAGAGGAAACGCAUUUGCCGUAUCAUUACUAGAGAUUUCCCACAAUACUUUGCUGUGGUGUCACGCAUCAAGCAAGACAGCAAUCUGAUUGGUCCUGAAGGAGGCAUCCUCAGCAGCACUGUUGUACCACAAGUUCAGGCAGUUUUUCCUGAGGGGGCGCUGACCAAGAGGAUCAGGGUUGGACUGCAGGCCCAGCCAGUGAGCAUAGAUGUCGUGAGGAAGCUCCUGGGGAACAAGGCCAGCUUCAGUCCCAUUGUCACUCUGGAGCCGCGCAGGAGGAAAUUUCAUAAACCCAUCACCAUGACAAUCCCUGUCCCCAAGAGCAACUCCGACCCCGUCCUCAACGGCUUUGGAGGGGACACACCCACCCUACGAUUGCUUUGUAGCAUCACGGGUGGGACAACGCCAGCCCAGUGGGAGGAUAUAACAGGAACUACUCCGUUAACUUUUAUUAAUGACUGCGUGUCCUUUACCACCAACGUGUCUGCCAGGUUCUGGCUCAUAGACUGUCGGCAAGUCCAGGAAUCGGUCAACUUCUCCACUCAGGUGUAUCGGGAAAUCAUCUGUGUCCCUUACAUGGCCAAGUUCGUCAUCUUCGCCAAGACCCACGACCCGAUUGAGGCCCGAUUGCGCUGCUUUUGCAUGACUGAUGACAAGAUUGAUAAAACACUGGAACAGCAGGAGAACUUCGCCGAGGUGGCGCGCAGCCGAGAUGUAGAGGUCCUGGAAGGCAAACCCAUCUAUGCAGACUGCUUUGGUAACCUUGUUCCCCUCACGAAAAGCGGCCAACAUCACCUCUUCAGCUUUUACGCCUUUAAGGAGAACCGGUUAGCACUCUUCAUCAAAAUCAGAGACAACACUCAGGAGCCGUGUGGCCGCUUGUCAUUUAUGAAAGAACCCAGGAACUACAGGUCACUUGCACAAAAUGCUAUAUGCAAUCUCAACAUCACACUUCCAUCAUACUGCAAGGAGUCUGAUUCAGACCAAGAACAAGAGGAAGAGACCAACAGACUGCUCGAGAAAUAUGAAGAGACGGAGACGUCAGUCCUGAAAUCAGAGCUGAUUCGAGAACCAGAUCUUCUAUCCGACGUGUCAGAGAUGAAACAAGAUUUGAUCAAAAUGACUGUCAUCUUGACUGCAGACUCCGCUGAGAAAUCCCCUUCCUUAGGAGGGUGUGGUCUAGAGAAAGGGACCGAGGAAGUUUCUGGAGAAGCGUUAGAAACAAUGGAAAAAGACUUAGAGAAAGUCAAAGAGGACCUAGAGAAAGUCAGUGAAAUACUGAGGAGUGGAACGUAUGAGGGUGAGGUGGCAGAGGAGGCAGCGAAAGCAGCUAGAAUGGCUGAGGAAUGGGUUCUCCUCUCAGAUAGUGAGAUAGAAGAAGCCAAAAAGAUGGCAGCUUUAGAAAAUCAAGAGCUCGUCUUACGGGAAAGUAGAGGUAACAGAGGGACUCCCAGACCUAAAGCCAUCAAGGACAGUGGUGACCUUAAAGAAUACCUGCUGGAUGUACCAAUAAGCUCUAAAGUUAAAGCCAAAAAAGAGACAAGUUUCCAGGAAAGAUUCACUGAUGUUGUACUACGCAAAAGUACAAAACCAACCACUCCAACCAAAGUACAUGACAAACCCGCCACUGGUGAUGUUAAAAAGCCAGUGAGACGGAAGGGAAAAGACCAGGGGAAGACAGAGGAAUCGACAGAAACAGGGAGUCGUCUAAGUGUGCCCACAGCCAAGGCCCCAGCAUCCCCUGUAUCCCCAGUGAUUGAAGAAACUCCCAUCGGAUCAAUCAAGGACAAAGUCAAAGCCUUACAACAGAAAGUGGAGGCAGAGCAAAAGAGCAAAAAGGUCACUGGAAGCAAACCUACGCAUUUGCCUGUUAUGAGCAAAUCCUCCCCAAAAGCCAAAGAAACCGCUAAGUCAAAGCAGGCCCUGCAUAAAUCCCCUAAAGCUGAUUCUGAAAAACUUGAAGAGACCAUGUCAGUUAAAGAGCUGAUGCAAGCAUUCCAAACGGGUCAAGACCCCUCAAAGAGAAAGUCGGGGCUAUUUCAGCUCAAAACAUCCUCUUCAUCCAAAUCAGAAAAAAGCACUAAAUCUGAAACUAUCCACACAAAAUCCACGACGAAAGCAGCAGCUUCACACGUCCCUCAAGAGCGAGAAGUGUCAUUGGAUUCCAAACCCCAAAAGAAACUGAUCAGUCAGCAAGACAAAGACACAAAACCCUCUGCUGAUUCAGAGCUAACUGACACUGUAGACUUUGGAAACGGUGGCCUUGAUGAUAGCUCUGGCAGCUUUAAACAUGAGGGUGUGGCAGACUCCCUAAGUUCUGGGAAUGGAUCCUCUCAUUUGAGCUCUGAGGACAGUUACAAACAUGAGGGUCUAGCCACUCCGGGCACAAGCCCUGAAAGUCUAGGUCUUUCUCCCAAAACUGUAAAGCAAACCUCUACAACUUUGGCACCAGCUGCCGCAACAGUAAAGAAAGAGAGUAAAGAUACAGAGAAGUGUGGGGAUUCUGGUAUAGGGACCACUGGUGACCAACUCUCUACAGAAUUGACCCUCCUUGUCUCUUCCAGCAAGGCUACAGAUGACCACACUACAAGUGAGUCUAUAUCUGUUAAGAGGAGUGAGUCAAAACCACAAAAGCUUACAAAAAGAAUUUCAGAGACUAUAGAAACUUUUCUUAGCGAUGAUGAAAGCCCCGAUCAUCAGCUAGUAUUGUCUUUAGUUGGGUCGUCAGCUCCUAGAUCCCCGUCUCAGCAUCACGAAAGCUUAGACUUACUUUUAAAACAAGACGCAGAUGCUCUCAGUCCGUUAGCUGAUGACUCUUUAACAAUAAGCCACAGAGACUCGUUAGAGGGUAGUCCUCUCAUGGAAGAAAAUUCCUCCCACAAAUCUCCAGACUCUAUUGAGCCCAGCCCAACUAAGGAAUCACCUCCUCAUGACUCCUUAGAGAGCAGUCCUGUAGAGCUAAAAAGCUGCCCAUUCUUCCCACUAGGUCCACCUAGCAAAUCCUAUAGCCAUCCAGAGCCUCCCAAAGAUGCAGAAUUCCCCGAGGAAACUGUGCCCAGUAGGCUUCUUCGAGACCAUGAGGCUAGUGCUGAUGAUGACAGUUGUGAGCAGACGUCUCAGAUGACAAGUUCUGGUAAGAGCCCCCUCUCCCCUGACACCCCUAGUUCUGAAGAGGUAAGUUAUGAGGUAAACCCCAAACCCCCUGAUCAUUCAUUCCUCUUUGCUCUAUCAAAACCGGCUGUCAUCCCUGAAGACCCAGAAGAAGAUAAUGCAUCAGACAGCCACGAAGCUAGGAGAAAGAUCACUCCUGAGGAAGAGAUGUUUAAGAUGGCAGCCAAAAUAAAAACAUUUAAUGAAAUGGAACAAGACGUGAAGAGCAAAACGAAGUCUAGAAAAGAUUUGUUUUCUCCAGCAGAUGCCAAAAUAGGGGAUGACAGCUGUGAAAGUGAGAAGCUAUCGCAAAGUGAAUGUGGGUUCAGUACACCCACAGAGGAUUCAAAAUUAGCUCUUUUUGUUGAUCCCCUUAUUAAAGUACAACCUCCCUCUCCUUUUUCAGCAGGUUUGAAUGAUGGAUGCCACAGCAAAGAGGCCAAGAGCACAUCAUCAACCAGUGUCACCUCAGAGGGACCUCACUCUGUCUCAGACCAGCAUCAUUCAAAAUCCCAAAUGAAAAACGAAGAAAGUUGCCCAUUAUCUGGAAAAGCCAAUAAAGACAAUAGCAACACAAAGGCAUCAACAUCAAAUACUAAAAAUAGGACUGAUGAGCAAAAGGAAGAAAGCUUAAGGAAGUCAAGGGAAAGUAGAGGAGAUGAUACGCAUGGUCAAGAGUUAGAGAUUAGUGAGCCACAGACAGGUGUGCUGAAAAGAUGUAGUAAUGUCACAGAUGAAGUUAAAGGAGAUCAGGCCGGACUCUGUGAAACUGUUAUUACAAGUAAGACACAGGAAACGUUUAAACCAGAGGUCUGCAUCUACGAUGACACAGAGGAGGACGACGAGACACUGGAACCUCCCAGGACCGAGUCCAAAGGUGUCACUGCAAGGGUAGAUACCGAGUCUUGGUCUGCAAUGCGGGAGGAUGAUGCCACUUUUGAAGCUCGCGUAAAAGAGGAGGAACAGAAGAUACUGAAUCUGGUUGUUGACCGUCAGUCUCCAGACACCACACCUGGUAGGACACCAACAGAAGAGAGCACUCCCACCAGUGAGCCCAAUCCUUUUCUAUUCCAAGAAGGGAAGCUCUUUGAGAUGACCCGCAGUGGUGCUAUUGACAUGACAAAGAGGAGCUACGAGGAAGAGGCUGUUGGCUUUGCCUUUUUCCAGAUAGGAGAACAGCCUUUAGAGGAGCCUAUCUUAGAAGAGCCCAGACAAGAGAGUCAAAGAUCUGCUGCAGAACCGGAAGUUGGUCUCAAUUUAACACUAGAGGUUAAGACUGAUAACAGUGAGCAAUCCAAAGAAACAGCUGAUUUACAGCUUCAGUCCUCGCCUGAAAAUGAACAGCCAAGCUGCAAAGCUGAUGCCUCCAAAUCUAAAAUCCCCAAAAUGGGCAUUUCAGCUGCAGCUAAACCUACAAAGAAAGAUCAGACAUCCCCAGAACUUCUAGAGAUGAAAGCAGAGAUAACUGAAAGAUCCUUAGAUUUAGACACAAGUUCCCUUGGUCAAAUGAUAACAAAUGUACAGACAGCAGAUACUACUAUCACUAGAUCAGUUUACUCUGAACAGGGGGAAGAGUCCUCUGACUCUUCUCCAGAGGAACCACAGUCAGUAAUAGAAGCCCCCAAAACAACAGGAAAAUCCAAACAAAGCGCUUCCAGUAGUGUUAAAAAGACUCCAGUCAAAGCACCAGCUAAGCCUACUUCUUCUCAAGGCCGUGGUAAAUCAACAAUUCAUUCUCCAUCUCAUGCAGUUUCCCCUUCCAGCACUCCUAAAAAAGAGGCCAUCUCUACUUCUGAAUCUAAAUCUAGAAUUCCAGUUAAAGCUAGCACGAUGAAGCCUGACUCUAAACGUGCUGAAAAUAACCAGGACAAAAAACUUAAGGUCCCUGUGAAUAAGGAUACAAGGAGAAAAUCUGAGACAGAUGCAGGUCCCUCUGUGGAUGUCAAAACCAAGACUCCAUCUUCCAAAGCCAAGAGUUUCUGUGAGGGGGAGUCUCCCAGGUCAUCUAAAAAAGAACAGGGUCGUCCUUUGAGUGCUGAGGCGGCAAAAUCUAAGGGUUUUCAGUCCAGAUUGCCAGUUCGAGGCAAAAGCGGUCAGUCGUCACAUUCAACAACACCCACUAAAGAAAAAAGGGAGCCCUAUAAAGAGCCCGUUGAGUUCUUUGAAGAGAUAAGUGAUGAAGCAGCAAAACUGGUGGCAAGGUUGGCAGAGGCAGACAGAGAGCAAGAGGUUGCGGCCACCAUCUCAGAUGACGAGAGCAGUCUCAUUGAUCCUUUAGUCAUAGAAAGAGAACAUUUCCCUCCCUCAGGAGACAUCUUUCCCAUUAGACCACUGUGGGACGAACCUGUUGAGACACAGAUGCAGCGAAUCCCAGACGAUAAAGUCCAAAGUCAAGUAGAUCCACAGGAUGAAGCAGAGAGAAAAGAGCAACGGUUGGCCAUUAUAGCUGACCACCUUGGCUUCAGCUGGACGGAGUUAGCACAGGAGCUUGACUUCAGUGAGGAGAGGAUCAAUGAGAUAAGAACUGGAAACCCCAACUCACUUCAAGACCAAAGCCAUGCUCUUCUGAAAGUCUGGACAGAGAGGGAGGGAAAUCUUGCCACAGAAGCAACACUUAUCAAAAGACUGACAAAGAUCAAUCGAAUGGAUAUUGUUCACCUUAUUGAAAGCAGGACGUCUGAAGAAGAAACCUCACAUACGUAUGCAGAAAUCGAGUGGACCAUAGCACAGGACCAUAGUGAAGGUUUCGCUGCUCUUCAUGAAGACAUGGACAGCCCCAGGAUUAGCAAACGUACAGAGGCUGCAAAAAAGAGUCCACGCUCAGGACAACAGGUUCCCAUAGUGUCAGCAGAAGACCUUUCAUCCAGUUUGUCAUCACUUCACGAGACAACAGGACGACCGGUGACAGACUCCACGGCAGCAGGCCUUCUUAGAACUGUUCACAAAGACAAGCCACAAAAAGAGAUGGAAACAACACACUUGUCACAAAGAACAUAUGAGGAAAUGACAGACUUGGUACACACUGGCAGUUUUAAACAAGCCGAUAACCUGCCAGACAUCCCCCUGCAGACCCUGACAGAAGAGAAGUACAUCGAUGAAGAUGGCAACAUGGUGGUCAAGAAAGUCACGCGGAAGGUCAUUCGUAAAUAUGUGUCUCCAGACGGCAUGGAGACACAGGAAGUGACCAUCGAAGGCUCUCACCAGCAGUCGGUCCAGAUAGAGGAGGGAGAUGCUGUUUCAAAGGUGGUGAAGAGAACUGUGCUUCACAGUGGAGGCGAUCAGAAGGAGCUGACCUUUUCAGAGUUCCCAGCUCUGAGCGCUGCCACAGCGUCAGAGUUUGAAGUGGAGCCAGUGCAGGGCAGAAAGGUCAGCAAGGUUGUCAAGACAACUGUGGUGAGAGGCGAGAGGAUGGAGAAGCACACAGGAGACCCGUCGCUGGCUGCAGACCUGCCUUCAGCCAGAGAGGACUUUGAGAAGGCAAUGAGUUACGCUGGAGGAUUUGGAAAAGUGCUAAUGCCGCAUAUAGUAGAGAAAGAGAUUGUACAGGAUGACGGUUCUGUGGUUAAAAGAAGCCAGAUGCGUAAUUCACGCAGCCAGAAGAGGACCGUGGUGAGGGAUGCUCAGGGGAAGCAUGUGCACCUAGAGCGCCUGGACAACACCGCAGAUGCCCUGCAGCCUGAUGCGCUGCAGCAGCACCUGCACCGACUGCUCCAGCGCUACUGUGAGGACACCGAGGAUGAGGAGGAGGAUGAAAACCUUAGCUGAGCAGCUGCUUCCACUGAUCUACAUUUUCCACUGAAGCUUUUGGUGACGUACACUUCCUCAGAUCGAACCGCCCUCUGUCCCUGCUCAUCACUGGAGUUUUUCUUUCUUCUUCUUUGGUUUGUCAGAUAUUGGAACCGUAUUUUUGUGCUUUAACGAUAGAUGUUCGCUCUGAUUGUGACCAAAGAUAGCCACCCCUCACCGUCCUGAUGAUUUUUGUUCGUGUUUCGCUUCCUGCGGCUGCUUUGAUGUGAUGUAGGUACGAUGCACCAAAGGCGGAUUAGAAAGAAAAGGCGCGUCUCGGAUGUUUCGCCUCACGCACCGGCCUCUUCUUGAAGAACUCGUGUAAACAUUUGUACAUAGGGGAGUUGAUGACAAAAAGUCAAGCUGGGACUGGAAAGAAGCUGAAAUAA